UUUUAAAUAAUGGAAAAAGAACAAUCUUCUAGUGAAACCUCAAGCGCCUCAAAUCAGUCAUCCAAAAGUGAAAUAGCCACUAAACUAUACUCUAAAUUUAGUGACUUUAUUUUCAAAACAAGGAUCUCCAAGGAUGACUUUCUGAAGGACAAUCCUAUGUAUCUAACUAAAUAAAGAACUCAAGGAAAGAUUUGAAGGAAUAAAAUACGAAAUCACUGAUGAAGAACUUACAGCUGUGAUGGUCCAUCACAAUGCUGAUAAAUCAGACUACAUCCUUAUUGAAGACUUCUUGGAUAAGCUCACUUGCUGGCGCACCUCUAAGGAAUUCAACAAAGCCUUGGAUAAACAUAUUGAUAUUAACAUCAACAACUUGAGAGAUCAGUCAGUUCCUUUCUCUGCUAAAAGGAGCGAUCUUGAGUCUUCAAAGGAAUCGGAAAUCCCUAAGAAAACCUUCCCGAACAAAAGUAAAAAGUACUUGAAAAUAGCUAAGAAGAGGCAGGAAGAGGAAGAAAAUUCCUUAAAAAUGAACGUUGAUAAGUGCAAGAAGGAACUAGAGUUUGACUGCCUGCAUAAAAUGAGCGAGGCCUGAGAAAUAGCUAAGUUACUGAACAUCCCGAUAACGUUCUCUGCAAGUAAGGGGUCUGAUGGAAGUAUUUUGAUACACAUGAUAGAGAUUAGCACCCAAAAGAGAAAAGAAAAAGGCGAGGAUGGGGAAAUUGAUGAAGAUGAGGGUGAAGGAGAUAGCUCCGUAAUUAAAUAAGGAAAAAGGUCAUCCAAUCUCUAUGGAAGAAUUCCUUAGAAGAUACAGAAAGCUUAAAAGAUUGCAAAGUAGCAUUAAAAAUAAUUCAAUGAUCCGAAAUACUCAAGAGACAAAGGUUACUCAAAAUGCUAUAGUCUCUAGUUACAGCUCUAACAGGGAUAACAAAACUCAAAGACAGGAGGAGUUAAAAGAUGUGCUAAAAGAGACAAUGAGCUUGACCACAAAGCUUAAGGAUCAGCUGAAAAUUCUAGAAAAGAAUGGAGUUUGUGGCACCAAGCCAAUGAACUUCUUUUAA